AUGACCAAGAGCCAGUAUCGUGCGCUCAUCAAGAACGGCAGCGACGACUGGAGCAAGGGUUCUCUCGUCGACGGCGACGAGGUAGAUGAACCCAUCGAACUGGCGCUGACGCCCGAUGCGUGCAGGGAGAGCUUCCACGAUGCGCACCUCUCACCGCGCAAGGACAGCGCUGCUUCCGGGCGCUCCGAUCACAGCGGCGUUUCGCCCAAGUCGCCGUACGUUCAGCUGCCGCAACUGUUUCCGUCGCUCGUGCGGGCGGGCCAGUGGACCGCGGGCGAUGCGCCCGCCUUCAGUUUUCCUCCCGGCGGGCUGCCGCAGGGGCAGGCCCAAGGGCAAGGAUCGAGUUCUGGCUCGGCCUCGGCUUCCGCCAGCGGGCUCGGAAUUGUCAAGGGGACCGCGCCAAAUAACGCGAAGGCAAGCGCCUCCGAGCGCCUGCAGCUCAAAGCGUCCAACUGGAUGGCGCCGGAUAGUUGGGCGGUGCAGCCGGACAAGUCGCGCGCAUUCUCCAUGGAGGAGGAGCAGGAUUCUGACGACGACGGGGUCGUUGAAACCGCCAGCGACCCCACCAUGCGCCGCGACUCGAGCUCCGGCGUCAGCUCCGCCGUGGCGAACGACCGCACAGGCCGGACGUGGUCGAGUGGAGAUGCCGGUACGGUCUCGUCUAUUUCCAGGCUGCAUCUCGAUGCACAGCGCAGGCCGACGCAGGACUCAGUAAGCCUGCACAGCGCCGGUGACGAGCCGGUUGCAGCCAGCCAGUUCCGCCCGAUGUCCGGCUCGGUGGGGACGCUGCCCCCAAUGGCACGCAGGCCUUCCGAUAUUGAGAUCGUGCAUGGGCCCACGUGGCACGCGCCCAACGCCGCGUCCACUUGGGGCGUGCAAAGCGGCAAUGGCGGCGUCUAUUCAGGUGCAGACCCCAUUCCGUCGCCUACUCCGCACAUUCGACCUGCCUCCAGCCGCGGUGGAGGCAGCGCCCUCGCAGCGGCAAGCGGAGCGGCUGUGACGGCUGCGAGCAAGCUGGGUCUCAGAGGAUCCGGUGGGCGCUCGGCAAAAGCGCAAGGACGACCGGGCACAGCCGGGUCCGUGCAGGGGGUCCCUCUCACUGAUGGCUCGCGACCGUCUGGCGGAUCGUUAGGUACCAGCUCGGUGGACGACGAGCAGAUCUCGCCUAGCGCAUCGAUGACGCCUGCUACGUCCAAGGACUCGGCGCGCACCACGCGAAGACCUGGAACUGCCACUGGCACCUCGGCAGCAUCGAAGCCACACCUACUCCGCAUCUGGCGCAAAGAAGGGUCAUUCGUGACGCUGUCGUGUGCACUAGUCUCGACGACAAACGAUAUCAAGGCCUUGUUGACACGCAAGAGUCUAUCGACGGACAAUGCUGCAUACCGUUUAUUCGUGCGCGACAAAGGCAAUGAACGUCCACUCGGCCCUGCCGAGAAGCCAGCAUUGAUCCAGAGGCGACGUCUCGAGCAAGCAGGCUACACCGAUGCUGAUGGGCUAGAAGACAUGGGCAGAGAGGACUUGUCGUACCUGCUUCGAUUUGUCUAUCGCCCCGACAUCGUGCCCACCUUUGACUCGGAGUCGUUUGGUAACGAGGAGCACAUGUUCCAGCAUCUGGACCUGCAAGGGCGCAAUCUCGAGAUGGUCCCCAUUUUCCUCUACAAGCACGCCGAUUGGAUCGUCAGUCUGGACCUGUCCGGCAAUCCUAUGUCGGAUGUGCCAUCGGACUUUAUGCAAAUGUGUUCCAGCUUGCGCUCGCUCAGGUUGUCGAACUUGGCGCUUAAGCGCUUGCCACAAGGCAUCCGCCAGUCACAGACGUUGACGCAUCUCGACGUGUCGAAUAACCGUAUUCCGGAGCUUGCGCAUAUUUCGCUCGAAUCUUGCCAAGAGCUCAUCUCUGUCAAGGCGCAAAACAACCGCUUGUUCGAUCUCCCGCCAUGGUUCACAAGAGUGGAGACUUUGCGGUAUCUCAACCUCUCGAACAACCGCUUCGACGUCUUCCCUCCUAUCCUCUGCGAAGCUUCUGGCCUGAUGGACCUUGACAUUUCUUUCAACUCGAUUCCCUCGUUACCAGCCAGCAUAUCGAAGCUCACGAAUCUGCAGAGGUUCAUCUUCGUCGGUAAUUCUGUGGAGGAGCUGCCCGAGUCUAUGUCGGCACUUGUGAAGCUGCAGACAGUCGAUCUGCGGCGAAAUCUUGUUCAAGACGUCUCAGUACUGUUCACUAUGCCUCAAGUCAAUGUGGUCCAAUGCGAGCACAACUCAAUUCGGCACUUCGAAGCGACGCUCGGCACCAAAAUGCGCAGCCUUGAGGUCGGCCAGAACCCGCUCACGAAAGUUUCUUUGGGCGCCUACUCGGCUAGCGAACUCACGUCGUUGAAUCUGUCGUCUGCGAAUAUGGCCAAGCUGGAGGAGGAUCUGUUCAAGCUGCUUCCUUCCUUAACGGAGCUCGUCUUGGACCGCAACCAAUUCGUUACGCUGCCAGAUACCAUUGGGGAGCUCGUCGGCUUGGUGUCGUUCUCUUGCACCAACAACAACCUCGCGACAUUACCGGACUCCAUCGGCUCUCUCAAAAAGCUCACUAGAGCCAACAUCCAGAACAACAACCUUAAGGUGUUACCCAACAGCAUUUGGAACUGCAGCUCUCUGCAGAGGCUCAAUGUCACGUCCAAUCUUCUGGAAACAUUUCCGUCCCCACCUCUUCUAGGCACGGAUGUCGAGAUGGGUCGAAAAGGCUCCACUGGUUCCCAUACCCAGAUGCCCCCAACUCCAGUUGCGAGGCAGCUGCCACCCCUGGUGCGGAGUCUUCGCAAAUUGCGUCUCGGCGACAAUCGCCUGGGAGAUGACGUCUUUAGCGUAUUGACCGUCUUUUUGGAGCUGGAGGUGCUCAAUCUGAGCUUUAACGAGAUCUACGAAGUGCCUAGCACGAGCUUGGCAUGCUACAAGCGCUUGCGAGAGCUCUAUCUCAGCGGCAACAGUCUGAGCAGCGUACCCGCUGAUGAUCUUGUUCACAUGCAAGAGCUUCGCAUUCUGCACCUCAACGGCAACAAGUUGCAGACACUGCCAGCCGAGCUUGGACGUAUGCGCAAGCUCGCCAGCUUGGAUGUCGGCAACAACAAUUUGAAGUACAACAUUGCCAACUGGACGUACGACUGGAAUUGGAACUCAAAUCCAGAGCUUCGUUACCUGAACUUGAGUGGUAACAAGCGCCUGGAGAUCAAGUCAAAAAUUGUAGAAGUCAAUGGACGUCGGAAGAACAUGUCCGACUUCAGCCGUCUGCUCAGCCUACGCGUUCUUGGGCUCAUGGACGUCACGAUGACGCUCCAGUCCACGCCCGAUGAAUCCGAGAAUCGCCGCGUGCGGACGUCGUUGUCGCAAGUGAACAACAUGGCCUACGGUAUUGCAGACACACUCGGCAAGCAUGACAAUCUUAGCAUCGUCGAUGUCGUCGUGCCCAACUUCCGGAAAGAUGAUUCCGAAUGUCUCCUCGGGCUCUUCGACGGCCGUGGUCAUGAUCCUUCAGCUGGUAGCCGGAUUGCCAGGCAUCUUGCUGAAUGGGUCAGUUUCCGCAUCGCGCGUGAACUGCAAGAGGUCGAGCGGACUGGGCCAGAUGCGGGCUCUGUGGCGGAUACCUUGCGCAGGGCAUUCUUGCGCAUGAACAAGGAGUAUGCCGACGCGCUCAUCAUUGAGGGGCAGCGACGAACGUCCGAGACGCAGACUCUGGAAGAGAAACAACCUCUGUCGCUGCAUCGCACAUCAUUCGGCCCUCGUUCGCAAUGGAAAUCUGGCGCUUCGGCCGUCAUCGCCUACAUUGCUGAUCGCACACUCCACAUUGCCAACGCCGGAGACGCGCUGGCUGUCAUGUCUCGCAAUGGUGGACAGGCCGAGCUGAUUAGCACCAAGCACGAGCCUUUCGACAGAGCGGAGACCGAGAGGAUUCGUUCGGCUGAAGGCUGGGUAUCCCUGCGUGGCUUUGUGAACGACAUGCUUGACGUUUCACGAGGCUUCGGAUACUACCAUCUCUUUCCCGUCGUCAAUGCUGCACCAGCCGUGACCUCGAUCACUCUUUCAGACUCGGACGAGUUCAUCAUCAUUGCAAACAAGGUGCUCUGGGACUUUUUGUCGUACCAGACUGCUGUCGAUAUUGCAAGGAUGGAGCGGGACGACCCGAUGAUCGCCGCACAGAGGCUCCGAGAUCUUGCGAUCAGUUCUGGUGCUGAAGACAGCAUCAUGGUGAUGAUCAUAUCUGUCAGCGACCUUUUCUUCGCGCGUCAGCAGCGUUCUGGAGGUGCAUUGCUGGAUCCUUCUUCUGAAAUCUUCAAGAGAACACAAAGGCGCACUCGUGAACCUCGCGAUCUACCAGCCGAUCGAACGUUGGCCAGGCUUGAACGCGAGGUCGCGCCUCCUAUUGGUCAGGUUGCUCUCGUCUUUACGGAUAUCAAGAACUCGACCUCCCUAUGGGAGAACAAUGGCGGCAUGCAAUCCGCCAUGAGGCUGCACAACACGCUUCUGCGACGCCAAUUGCGCACUGUCGGCGGCUACGAGGUCAAGACAGAAGGUGACGCAUUCAUGGUGUCGUUCCCUUCGGUCAGCGCAGCUUUGCUCUGGUGUUUCAAUGUGCAGAUGCAGCUCCUUCGCGAAGACUGGCCACAGGAGAUCCUGGAAUCGGAAGAUGGGAAAGAGGUGCGGGACUCGAACGGAGAAAUCGUAUACCGCGGACUCUGGGUCCGAAUGGGCCUGCAUUGGGGAUUCCCUGUGUGUGAGCCCGAUCCGGUCACGCGCCGUAUGGAUUACUUUGGUCCUAUGGUCAACCGCGCCUCACGAAUCAGCGGCGCUGCGGACGGCGGGCAAAUCCUGGUCAGCAAAGACGUCGUUAAUGAACUUACCACACUUCUUGGGACUUUUGGUGAGACGGAAGAGAUCACAGGUGACGUCGAUGACGACGAAUUCCGAUUGCUCAAUCCGAACGUCAGUCGCGAUGUAGUGCUCCUGCGACGCAUGGGCUUCGGCAUUUCUGAUAUGGGCGAGCGUCGUCUAAAAGGCUUGGAGACACCCGAGUCGCUGUUCUUGGUAUACCCGAAACAGCUCGCUGGGCGCCUCGAGGCCGACGGACGAACGAUUGCGCCAGCCGCUCAAGUCUUCGAGCCGACCGUGCAACUGCUCGACAUUGACGAGGUCAAGCAGGUGGGCAUGCUGUGCCUGCGCUUGGAAGCGCUGUCAGCUGGUCACGUCUUCCCCGGCCUGUAUUUGGACUCAAGCUCGCAGCCGGCGCCAACUGCAGAAGAGUCUGAUGCCAUCGUCACGAUGGAGCGAAACACGACUUGCACAAAUGCAACAUCGUCAAGCACCCCAGGCAUACCCAAUGCCAUCGCCCGCAGAAAAGCUGUGGAGGCUACGUUAGCUGUUCAUCCCGAGCUGCUCAUUUACGCCAUCCGUGAUGAUGCGCCAGAUGAGGAGCUCGCUGGCAUCCUGGAGCAGCUCAUCGUCCGUAUCUCCAAUGCUGUCGCCAAAUUGCAGCUCGAUCAGCUGUCGGCUAUGGCAGAUCUCGGCUUGGACAUGGCGUCGUUGCGAGCACAGCUGCAGGCAUUCAAAGGUGGGGUUUGAGAGACGAAAUGGGGGACCCGAUUUGGUAAUGGAAGGGAGUGGGGGAUUUGCUUCGAGUUAUGGGCUU